AUGUACGCGCCCAGCACGGAAGGAAGUGGCCUGUCCGAUGACCUCGAUGAAGAAAAGUUGGAGGAAGACACCGACGAUGACCCGACGGUGGCGCUAGUGAAGAAGAAGCGAGAGGUCCACACGAAGGAAAAGAGAAAGAGGAAGACCGAGAAAGAGCGCGCAAAGAAGGAGAAGGCCAAGAGGCGGCGCGAGUGGGCCAAGCGCGAGGGCAAGAUCAGCGCCGCCCACCGGGCCUCGUGGCUGGUCCGGGCCGCCAUACUCGCCUGCAUCUCCCUGCUCAGCGUGGGCUCCUACUUUGCCUACGACUCCAUCGCUGCGCUCGAGACCUACAUCAAACAGGACCUCGACCUGAACUCGUUCCGCUUUGGCUUCCUCUAUUCCUCCUACGCCAUUCCCAACAUCGUGCUGCUCGUAUUGAGCGGCUACGUGAUCGACCGGCUGGGCAAUCGCAACAGCGCGCUCCUUUUUCUGUCGCUGACCGUGCUGGGCACGUUCAUCGUAGCCAUCGCACCCACCUUGCGCACCGGUUCCUCCGAUUCCGCGUACACCGCGACUUUCCUCUUCAUGCUCCUGGGCCGCUUCGUGUUUGGCCUGGGCGCCGAAUCCUCCUACGUGGCGCAGAGCAGCAUGUGCGUGGAGUGGUUCGGCGAAAGCCGGUUCCUGGCGACGGCGAUGGCCAUCACCAUUUCGGUGUCGCGAUUUGGGCCGAUCCUCGCCUUCAACGCCGAAUCGAGGAUUGCCGAGCAGACCGGUCACUACGUCUACGCCCUGUGGUUCGCAUUCCUCAUGUGCGUGUUCUCGCUGGGCGCGAUCCUGGUCUACGCCGGGGUCGACUGGGCGUCCAAGCGCGACCGCCCCUCUCCCCGGCGCGCCAAUGCGACAGCUGAGCGGCUUCUUUCCGUUUCUCCGCCCGACCCCGAGUCGUCGUCGACACCCGCCUCGCCCGCCCCCUCGCCAGAGCCGAUUCUCGUGCCCACGAAGCCACACAACAUUCAAUCCACUCUCAUCGACAUCCUCCGCAGCAUCGUAGCCCUGCCAGCCAUUUAUUGGCUGGGCAUCGUGGUGGUGACGUUGAUCUACACGGCGAUCUACUCCUUCCGCUCGGUCUCGACCGAGCAGAUUUCCAUCAAGUACGGCCUCUCGCAGGAGGACGCCGGGUUCUACCUGAGCGUGAUCGACAUCGUCUGCCUCGUGUGCUCGCCGUUCUUCGGAUACCUCGUCGACUGUACUGGCAAGAAGGGAUGGAUGGUGGUCUUGGGGAACAGCUUGGCUGUGGUGGGGUUCCUGCUGUUGGGAUUCACCGAGCUCCCGCUGCUGGUGGGGGUGCUGAUCCUGGGCGUCCACCUGUCGCUCAUGCCGGCCGCCGUCUGGCCCUGCAUCGCCGUACUCGUCGACCCCAGGCAGGAGGGCAUGGCCUUCGCCCACUCCUCCUCGGCCAUCAACCUUUCUCUCCUGGGCGCCACGCCCCUAGCAGGGUACCUCAAUGACCAAUGCGGCUUCGAGUGCUCGUGCAUGUUCUUUGCCGCGGUGGCGGGGAUGUCGGUCGUGCUGGCCGUCGUGUGGGUCGUCGUCGACGCGCACCGGCCGAUGCCGGUACUCAAUGGACCCAUGUCUCUGCCGUCCUCCCUCGGGGCCUCCGCGUCUGCGCUCCUGUGCUGUCGCGGCGGCUCAGCCCGCAGAGGCAGGGGAAGGCGAGAGCCCGCGCGAGUGGUCUCCGCCGGCGACGACAUGGGCCUCAUCUUCGAGGACACACGCGCCCACACUACACCGGAGCACCAGACCGCAUAG